UGUACCCAAUUAAGUGUACAUUUUGAUAUUUAUAUAUAUCAGAUAUACAUUUUAUUGCUUUUGACAUCUCAUACACAGUGCACUAUUUAACUCUGAGCCGGAAGUUCCGCCUUCCUCUCCUCCUGCCUUGUCUGACGUCACUUCCACCGCUCAGAAAACAUGGCGGCCGCCAGUCCGUGUGAUCCGGUUCACACACUGCCCAGAAAUGUAGUCAUCAAGACGGAGCCGGAGGACGCUCUGCUGAUAUCCAAGCAGGAUGUUCUGGUGAAGCGGGAGCCCGACGUCCCGCUCGUCUCCCCGGUGUGCGGGCUGCAGCCGCUCGCCUGGUCGCAGGACCACCGCCUGGCUGUGUGCACCAACAACUCCCUGUCGCUGAUGGAGCUGGUGUGUGACGUCCACAGCAGCAAACAGGAGCUGACCCUGCACAGGACCUCCAUCCCCGUGCCGACGGAACCGUACAAACUGCGGGUGGGACCGGCAGCAGAGCUACUUCAAGCCACGGAGAAGUUCACCACACAUCCCGACCCCACAGUGAGGCAGCUCUUUCUGGCUGACGCAGUGAUGAAUCCAUCGGCAGUAGUGCAGAAAGGAAUCAAAUAUUCCAGCUGGUCUCCGUUAGGUUGUGACUCUAGUGGACGCUGUCUGCUCGCUUGUCUAACAUUUGACCACAGGCUCACCAUUCACAACAGCCACAAGCGUCUCGAGUGGAACGUACUAAUCGACCUCACCAAAAAGUACAGCGAGAGGCUAAAAGAGCGAGGCUACGCCAAAAAGGACAACAAGCCUCUGCAGGAGAACCUGCUGGACUUUGACGAGCUGCAGCGGCGCUACCGCAUGCAGACUCCUCUGAGGAUGGAGUGGUCGAGCGUUUACACCAUCAAACAGGCUCAGCCGGACAACACGUGCAUCGACGUAGAGAUGGUCCUCCUCGCCGUCUUGAUGGAAAACGGCGACCUCGUUUUGUGGAAGUUUGUGUUGCCCUUCACAAACGGGGCAGAUGUCGUGUUUUACGACAUCGUGGAAUCAGGCGUGACCAGGCCCAGUGACUUGGCGUGGUGGGAGUAUGAAAGCUCAGACCGCCGGAUGAGCGGGCUGAUCGUCGGCAGUGAGGUGGGACCCGUCAAGAUCAUGCCCGUCAGCCUGUCGGGAGUGAAGGGCUACUUCACCCUCCGACACCCAGUCAUCCUCUGGAAGGAGUGCGACGAGAUCGCAGUGGAGAACAUCAAAUGCGUCCCGAUGGUCCACCCGAUCCAAAAAUCCAGAUGCAGCCUCAUCGUGGCGUCACGCGGCUGCUACGUAUUUUGGUGUUUGCUCAUGAUCUCCCCAGCCGGACUAAAUGUACACAACUCUCACGUGGCCGGGCUGCACUCACUCCCCGUAGUCUCGUUAGCGGUCAGUCAACAGGGCGUCGCGGUGUACACAUGUUCCAUAGACGGUUGGAUAAAAAAGCUAACGCCAACAUUUACAGAGAACACUUUGAUUUUCAAACAGGAGGACAUGCUGCGACCUGAAAACCUAACAGGGAGGAGGAUACACGGGAUUGCGGUGAGCCACAACGGGGCGUUUAUUGCGCUCGCCAGCACGCAAGGCAUGGUCGGUGGUUUUCAUCCAAUUAACAGGACGUAUCAUGUUCACCUUGUGACGCUGAAAACGCCAGAAAUGGCAGCAGAACUGCUGCUACAGUCCCCCACGCAGAACUUGUACAAAAUGGCUGACCUGCUCAAUCUCGUCAGGUGGCAAAUUUUGAAAAACAAAUGCAUCCCUGCAUCGCUGCUGGAAGAGCUUGACCAAAAGAUCCAGGAAGUAGACUCGCCCUACCUGUGGCGGCUCAAGCUCUUCCUGGUGCGUAUACUUUACCAGUCGCUACAGUCGCCUCCUACGGAUCACCGCUGGAAACCCACGCACGAGGAGAGCAAGGUGUUUGUGAGGGACGAGGAAGAGGAGGACGAAAAAGAUCCUGCGCAAGAGGAAGGCGAGCCCGAGGAAGUAAAACACGAGGCCAACCCGGAGGAGCAGAAGGCGGAGGUGCAGGCGUGGAUCAAUGCUGUGGAGUCCCACCUGAUGAGAGAGCACAUGAAGAAGGUGCUGGGGGUGGUGUACCUCAACACGUGGGUUGCUCAGAACACCAGCAUACCCACCUGUGGCCUGGUGGAGUACCUCUCCAAAGACGGAAACGACAGAGACUCCGAGGUUCUGAUUGGCCACAUCAAGAACAAGAUGAACAAGCAGACGUUCUUGGAGCGCUGCUCUCUGUGUCAGGCGGUGGUGCCCUUCACGGAAUACAAACAAGCGACCUGUGAAAACGGUCACAUGUGGCUCAGGUGUGUGUUGUCACACCAGGCCUGCCAGACGCUGACGUUCAGACGUUGCCUCCUGCUGGAUACCAUUGCCAGACUGCCAGAGCCUGAGGAUCCAGAGUGGAUCAAGAAGAUACUGCAGGCGCCGUGCACGCUGUGCGACUCGCCGAUGAUCUAGAGCUGAACGAUAGGAGGAACCUCAGGGCUUCCCUGCGACCAUCAGAGCUGCGCGCUCUGACGCAGGGUCCAAACUUUGUCAGACAUCACUGCUCCAAUAUUUUUAUUUCGUGUAUGUUUUUAUUACUUUAUAUAUGUAUCUUAAAAGUGCAAAAUAAAAGGCUUUGAUUAUA